AUGACGGACUCCAGAUCUCGUUUUGAAGCGCUAUCGCCGGCACAUCUGGAAGUACAUCUCCCAAAAGCUCAGGACCUUGACGUUGGUACACUACUCCGAGUGGGCGGUUUUGAGGAGCUGGCGCGAGCGCCAGGGCGACGGAACCUAUUCUUCGACGAGGAAGCGAACAUUCUGGUCGUCCUCAAGACGGGGCAUAAUGAGACAGAUGUUCGUCAAAACCUCUCCAGCCUGGAGCUCAUCUUGUCUGCACAUGCCACAGAUGCCGUCCCGCAAGGAGCCGGCAAUGCUGCAUCGGCUUCUGGAAAGCAUGAUCUCGUGUCGAAAUCGUUCUCCGCGACCAGCUUUUCAGAUGUCGUAUCAAUAGGCGACAAUGCGUAUGUGAUAUGGAAGCCAUCCUUACCUCUCCCACGCCCUCGUGCCAGGCUUCAGCGACCGGCGAUAUACUUCACAGCUACUCUCAAGAUGGACUCCAGCAAAAGUGAUGGCUCUCGGAGAAUCGACAAAGAGUACCUCACAAGUUAUGAGCCGUUGCCCGAGAACAUACUGGAGCCAUUCCAGCAUGACCGAGUCCUUGGCAACUCCGACGUCUAUCUGUCCGAGACGAGGAUUACCAAAAUCGCACCAAAGCCUCUGAAUGUUGAAUCAGAUGUGAAGCCCAUCCGAGGAGCUUCGAAACGGGCGUAUCCUGCUGUACCGGCUCUGUUUACGAAACUCAGAUACUCUACGCUUCCUGAUGCUACCAUUGCCAGCUUGCACGUGGAAACUUCCCAUCUCAUUGCAGGCACUGUCCAAAUUACGGAGGUGGACCUCAGUGUUCAGGACCUUCUUGUGGAAGAGAUAACUAGUCUCACACUGCCUUUGCAAACCCGAGGCGGGGACGAAACCAUAUUUCUCUACAAAAUCACCAGCAAAGGCAAUGCCGCGAGUCCAACUACAAACCCACAGGUCAAAGUCUCGAUCAAAGCAGACGCAGCUCUCGAUCAGGGGUCUCACAUCGAUCUGAAUGUCGACUUGCAAACAGACGCAGAGAUUCCGACGCAUAAUUCACACCCUUCAUAUGCCUGGUCACGGCCUCUCAAAACGUCGUCACACCAUAAGAGUUUAUCCGUGCAGUCGAUGGGCAGACCAACGUCUACUGAUGGCGGCUCAAGAAAGGCCGACUCUGGAGCAGCAGGUGUUAUCUUCACUUUCGCAUGUCCAGCAACAACGCAGAAGAAUGAGGAAUUCAAGAUGUCAGUCAAAUGCUUGAAUCAAUCAGACCGACAGCGUCGCUUUGCUGUGGUUACACUGCAACCGCGGAAGCCGUUGACAGGCCUACAGCCUGACAAUGACACGGAGUCCGAUCUCAUCGCGAAGAUAUUUAAUGCGCCACCGCUGGCGCGAAUCAAAACACCUGAUGUACUGGAUCUGAAUCCUGAUCUUCGCAUAGGACCUCUGCCUGCUGGAGCUUGCUUCGAAACGCACCUGAGUUUCCGGGCAAUGACUUCUGGUCUGCUGGACUUUGGAACACUGAGGAUUAUCGACUUAGAUACAAGGCAGAGCGUCGACGUCCGAGAGCUGCCUGAUGUUGUUGCCUUGGAAGCGAGUUGA